AUGGUCUUACUGAUCAUCUUCGUCGACGACUUGUUCCUGGUCGAGGCACUGGAAGGAAGCACGAUCCCGGCCGACUUGCCGGUAGACUUCCUUCAACGUGUCUUCGAUUUCGAAAAAUUGGUUGUUGGUGCUCUGGUGCUGACGUGGUGUGCUAUCAUCUCCGUGAAGUUCAGCUAUCUGUUCUUAUUCAGAAAGCUUAUUGAUCGAAUUCGUCCCAUGGUCCUUUACUGGUGGGUUGCUGUGAUAUUUAAUGCGUUGAUCUCGAUUUAUGGAAUUAUCAUCUAUGCCGUUAUACGCCCUUGGUAUUGUACCACUAUUUCAGGUAUUCUAGGAUUCUUGCUUUGA